CUCCACACACGAGCACACACACACACCAAAGCGGCACGCGCAGCUCCCGCAGGCGGGCUCCCGCCCCAUCCAUCCAUCCAUCCUCACCACAGGAUAAAAUGGACGCCGCCAUGGCAGCCCACCACCAACUCCCACCCCCUUCUGCCUGGCCGGUGUCUAUCGCCCCUGUCGAGCCCGCGCACGCGCGACCGCGCCAACGACGACACAAGGGGCGCAAUGCGAGAAGCGGCAAGGCCUGUUGACCCCAAAGAGGGUGGGCGGAAACAACCGCAUGCGCGCGUCAUAUGACUGGAUGUCUCGACAAGUGGGACGCAUGGAUGGCCGGCCGGGUAUCGCGACAGGAGGCAAGCCAGGCACGAGCGCGGCCCUCUUCAGGUUGGGGGCGUCCUGGCUGCACGGCUGAUAGUGUCGACUUCAAAGGAACGGCUGACUUGAAAAGGGACGGCUGCUCAAACGCGCGCGCGUCUUUUUCUCUGUUGACGAGUGGCAUUUCCGAAAGGCAUAUUAUUUGAACGGGGUUCUCUCUCUUCGUGAAAUAGCUCAAACAUGAUUUUAUCACCACCCGGGACGGGCAACUUUGUCACGCAAGUGGCACGCCAGGAGCCGCACGUCUUCACGCAGACCCUCACCCGGCCAGCCACUACGCUCGUCACGCUUGUCACCCUCGGCUCAUCAACGCCCACCACCGUCACCACCUCCUCCUCCUCAUCAUCAUCACCAUCAUCGGACCCGGCGGCCACAUCCCUCGUCGUCCCAGACAAUAACGGCAAGCACGGCCUUUCCAGCGUGCAGCUGGGCGCCAUCCUCGGCUCCAUCGCCGCCGUCGUCGUCAUCGUCAUCGUCGCCGGCAUCUGCCUCGCCAACAAGACCCCGCCGCGCCACAAGCGGCACACCUACGUGUACCAGGACUGGGGGGGUACCGCCGGCGACAGCAGCAGCAGUAGCAGCGGUGGUGGUGGUGGUGGCAGCUACGGUUCGUCGUCGACGUCGAGCAGCUCGACGGGCAGAUCCAAGAACAAGAAGAAGAAGCCCAAGCCCAAGGGGCCGAAGCGGCCGCCGCACGCACCGGAGCUGAUCCCCGGGGGCGCGCCGUAUCCGACGUACAAGGCAGUGCCGAUAUCGAAUCCGAGGAAGCCGCCCAGUGUGAAGCGAGUGUAUGUGUAGUGCCGCUGGGAG